GUGUGAGUGUGCAUGUGAGUGCUCCGGCUGCUGCUGCUGCUGCUUGUGCUGCUGGUUGUCACUCAUAUUGCUGCGCGCACACGGGCAGCGACAAGGAGCACCGAGAGAAACCCGCCCGCUGGCUGUUGUUGUUUACCAGCUUUUUCGAAACGAGGAGAAUAUCAGUGAGCUGCACUUAAAGAUGCUUCAAACGAAGGACAUCCUUUGGGGAUUCUUCUACAUCGCCUGCGCAGCUGCCAUCCAGGUGCAGGUCACUCCAACACACAGGGAGAUCAGCGUGGGAGAAUCCAAGUUUUUCCUCUGUGAAGUGGUUGGUGAUGCUAAAGACAUAGACUGGUUUGCACCCAAUGGGGAAAAAAUCCAGCCAAACAACCCCAAUAUCCAAGUGACCCGCAACGACGAAACCACCUCCACCCUUACCAUCUACCACGCUGAUGUGGAUAAUGCCGGCAUCUACAAGUGCGUGGCGAAGAGUGGUGAUAAGGAGGCCCAGGCUACGGUUCAGGUCAAGAUCUUCCAAAAGAUCACCUUCAAGAAUGUUCCCAGCCCGCAGGAGUUCAACGAGGGCGAUGACGCUGACAUUAUCUGCGAUGUGGUCGGGUCGCCAGUUCCUUUCAUCAUCUGGAAGCAUAAAGGUGCUAGGAUCCAAGCAAACAAAGAUGUGCGUUACAACAUCAUGGAGAACGGCCACUUGAUGAUCCGCGGCAUCAAGAAGACUGACGAGGGAGCAUAUAACUGCGAGGCACGCGUCAUGGAGACUGGAGAAAUCAACUUCAAAAUGAUCAAUGUCAUCGUUAACGUCCUCCCGACCAUCCGUGCCAGGCAGUCUGAGGUCAACGCCACCGCAGACAUGGGCUUCACCACUCUCUUGGCCUGCGACGCUGAUGGCUUCCCCGAACCCACUGUCACAUGGAUCCACAACAACAUCAUCCUGCAGUCGGGAGAUAAAUACAGUCUGAAUGAGGACGGCUCCGAGCUAGUGAUAAAAGGGGUCGUCAAAGUGGAUGAAGGAGAAUACACCUGUUUAGCCAAGAACAAGGCGGGCGAAAUGAGCCAGGAAGUUGGUCUCAACGUCUUUGUGCAAGCUAAGAUUACAUACUUGAACAACGAGACGGCGACGGAGUUCGAUGAGGAAGUCACCCUGACCUGUGAGGCCUCAGGUGACCCGACGCCCUCCAUCUCCUGGAGCUUCCAAAAUAGGAUGUUCUCCGAAGGUGAACAGAGCCACGACAGAAACAUCGUGGUUCGCAGCCACGCGCGAGUGUCAUCUCUCCUCUUGAAAAAUGUCGACUUCACGUACGCCGGACAGUACCUGUGCACCGCCAGCAACUCUAUCGGUCAGGACAACCAACCUGUGUACCUGGAGGUUCGCUACGCCCCAAAGAUUCUAGGAGUUGUGACGGUCUACACGUGGGAGGGCAACCCAGCUAAUAUCAGCUGCGAGGUGGAGGCUCACCCCGGGGCUUCCGUCACUUGGUUCCGAGACGGCCUCCAAUUACCUUCUGCAAACAUCACGGGGGUGAAAAUCUAUAGCACGCCAAGCAUCAGCUACCUAGAGGUUUCUCCCGAGUCUCAAGGUGACUUCGGAAGCUACAAUUGCACGGCAACCAAUGUGAUGGGUACCGAGUCCAAGGAGUUUCUUCUCAUCCAAGCAGAGGUGCCAUCACCACCAGAGAUCCGACGGACGGAGCCUUUCUCCAGUUCGGCUGUGGUGGAAUUUGACGAACCUGAUUCUUUUGGAGGAGUGCCCAUCAUCAAGUAUCGGGUUCAAUGGCGUCCCGAUGGCCAGGGCUGGACUGGAAAGGAGUACGACGCCACAGAAGAUAUGACCAGGAUUAACAUCGCUGGCCUGACCCCCGACACCACAUACGAGAUCAAGAUGUCAGCCAUCAAUGGAAAAGGCGAAAGCGAGAGCAGCACAGCUGUUAAGUUCAUGACUGGACCGAUCCGGGAACCCAGCGCGCCCAAAUUGGAGGCCAUGGUUCAAAAUCAGGGCAACACUCUCAAGGUCAACUGGAUCAAGCAGGAUGACGGCGGAUCCCCAAUUAAGCAUUACCUGGUCCGAUACAAGCCUAAACAUGUGUCCGACUGGAAACCUGAGAUCCGCAUUCCACACGGAAGCGAGCACGUGGUGCUGAAUGGACUGGACUGGAAUACGGAGUACGAGGUCCGUAUUGUGGCGGUCAAUUCCAAGGGUCGAUCCGAGCCUGGCGUCCUGUCCUUCAGAACAGCCACAGAACCUACCACCAUGCCAGCGACGCUGGGUUGCCAGUGCGUAACGUACAGUUUUGCUACUCUUCUGCUCUCCACCUCGCUGACUGCGCUCUGGCUCUAGUAAAACUGAUCUCAUCUGAGAAGAAAGGAAAAGAAAAGCAGUUUUUUUUUGUUGUUGUUUUUUUGAGGCUCUAAUGACCUCCAAAUCCCCCUCUUUCGCUUUCUAUGCCUUUUUGAGCCUUGUGUACCCACACACAAGAUCAGAACAAGAUGAAGAGUCAGAGAUGUUGCUUUCAUGAUUGUUAUUCCAGGGUGCUCUGUCCGUGUAUCACUUUUCUUUGGUGGGGAUUAAGAGUUUUGCUUUCUUUUACAUGAAUAUAUGUAAGGACUUUCUAUUUCAGGGGUGUCCAAAGUUCUUCUUGAGGGCCCCCCAGUAGGCAUUCUAAAAGUUAACAAACACCUUGGAACAAUUUCCUACUUUGUACAUCCGAGAGCCAUGUAGAAAGAGAGUUGCGACACUCCGAUAGGGAUCUAUUAUACGAUUUUACUUCCGGCUUAAACAUAAGUAGUCCCCAGGUUAUGACGUACCUGACUUACUUUAUUCCGACUUUACGACGCCUCAGUCUCGUCCGCCAUUAUUUUGUCUCCAGUGUUUUUUAAAUAAUAUUGACCUUUGUUUUGUGAUGCAUACUUUUAUUUUGGCGCAGGAAGCAUAGAGCAGGUAGUAAUUCCACACACGAGUUAGAAUGCAUGUACACAGGAAGAACAACAUAUUUUCGCACACGAAGAAGAGCGCACGUGUACACACGAGGAAGAGCACAUUUUGCUCCCAUGAAAAAGUCACGCAGCUGAGUGAGAGAGAGAGAGAGAGAGAGAGAGAGAGGAGAAUGAUUACAGCUUCAAGCCUGCGCGCACAUGUGUUGCUUUCGAAGCAUCCACAGAAGCCACACCUGCAUAUAAGACCUUUUGUACUGAUUAUUGUGUUUUCAAUUGUGGUCAAAUACUUGGCGCGAAUGUAUGUGAUUGUUUUUGAUGAUGUUCGGACGCUAACUGAUACAUGCUAAUCGUUUGUUGGGAUUGUAACUGCUGUAUCAGCAGCUAGUUAUAAACACAAAUUUGAAUUGCUGUUAUCGAUGAUGAAACUAAGUUAAUUUCAUUUUUAUUUUAAUUUCAUUCUUCAGGUGUUGAUGUCAUGAGCAGCUAAAUAAAGUCAGCAAACCACAUGGAUGUCUUAAAUUGUCAUUUCGGAACACCGCUCGCUGUCAAGCUAGGAGUUAGCUGCAACGUCUUGGCGAGGACAGUACAAUGAUUUAUAAUCCAUGUUUACAUGUAUACGUGGUAGUUAUUUUGAGAUUUAGGGGGUAUUUGUUGGGAUGUCCCGAUUACAUAUUUUUACACCCGGGUCAGAGUAACCGGAUUUUGAGAAUCUGCUGAUACCGAGUCCCGAUCAGAUACCAAAAAAGAAGUGUUGUUCAAAAAUAAAUAAUUAAAUAUGUUAGUCUCCCACUGUGCCACCGUCAUUAUGUGAAUUAUUUUAAAACAAGAAUAACGUAGAAAAACACUUGUCUUUAUUAAAUGCUUCAUUGAGUAAGUCCACUCAAAUCCUCUCACGCUGCCAAGAACAGCCGCUCAUUUACACACACACAAUGAGUUGCCACAGCACACUACCGCUAGUGUUUAACAAGCUAAACAAUGAUUGACGUAUUUUACGCCUUGAAGGUGGCUCUCCCAAGCUUCUCUGGCAAGAGCAAAGCUUUAACACCUGUCAUUCAUUGUUAACUUUAACAAGCAAACUCCAGUGCACUUCUAACCAAGAAAUGAAGCAGGAGGGAGAGUGAGAGGCUGUACGUGCAUGAAGCAGAAAAACAUAAGUAUGUUCUUUAAAUUAAAAACCCGAUCCUUUUAACCCAAUUCCAAUCCUCUGAAAAAUGGCGCAAUCGGCCUGCUUUCCAAUCACGUGAUUGGAUCAGGACAUUUCCAGGUAUUUAGGGGUAGUUAAAGGGUUAUUUACGAUUUACAUGGAAAUUUGGGUUACGUCACCAGCGUAAGAACUGAACUCUUUAGUAACCCAGGGACUACCUGUAGUUCCAAACAUUGCUUCAAUGAGGGCGGACCCCAAUGAGAUAUACAUUUUUUACCUUAAAUAUCACAAUUACCGCUGUCAGUUCCAUCGAAAACCAUGACAGCGCUGCUUGUGCUUGGAACUAUUGAGGCCUUCGUGAACCACGUAACCACCCGCAGCAAGAUCAGAGAGUGUCGCAACUCCUUCUACAUGCAUCUGGUACAUCCUAUAGGAGGAGCUUUAUUGACGACUUUUUUUGCAUUUCUCAAGUUGCAUCAUGAUAGUUUGUGCCAAAAACAGUGUUUUACUAUCAGUUUGAUUGUUUUGCAUGUUUGGACAAGGAUUUAGCGAGGCAAAUGGUUGACUCCUACUGUCCGGUCGAUUGUACUAUAUGUUUCAUCAUUGGGCCCGAUAAAACAUUUUUUCGAAUCCCCUCCGAAAAGGACUGUGAAAAAUGAAAGAAAUGGCUGCGGGUGGCCAGGAGAUUAAACCCAGACUUCUGUCAGAUUAGCAUACCCGUAUGAUUGCAGUAUAUAGCACUUUUUCACACAUUAAAUGUUGCUCAAAGCGAUUUAUAAUACUUACCCUUCUUAAAUUUUGGAUGUUAUUUUGUUCGGCAUCUGAACUACAAUUUAUAAGUCUGUGUCCUCUUUUUCUGUAUUAAAAUGCAGAUACAUUUACAGUAUUGUCAUUGUGUCGAGGGGUUAUAACCAUUUGAUGACUGUUAGUGUAUUAAUUAAAAAAUUGAAUUUAUGUUGGCAGAAGAAUUUUGCCCAACUUUCCUUGGAACAAAAUAAUCAUAGCGCUUUGAAUUACUUGGAAUUUGUUUCCAACACAAAUUUUAAGCCUUUCGCUUAUCCUCAUCCAGGCUUCAGACAUUCAAAUGUUUAGAUAUCAAAUAUUUCAGCCUGUAACUGUUUGUCGCAUCUUCACUGCACGGUAUCUUGUUUGUUUUCUGCCACCUAACCAACUGCGCAUGCACGGAAAAUACAGUAUGUCAAUAAAGAUCCUCCUAUACUUACAGUGGGGCAAAAAAGUAUUUAGUCAACCACUAAUUGUGCAAGGUCUUCCUCUUGAAAAUAUUAGAGAGGCCUAUAAUUGUCAACAUGGAUAAACCUCAACCAUGAGAGACAGAAUGUGGAAAAAAAAAACUGAAAAUCGCAUUGUUUGAUUUUUGAAGAAUUUAUUUGCAAAAUAUGGUGGAAAAGAAGUAUUUGGUCAAUACUAAAAGUUCAUCCCAAUACUUUGUUAUGUACCCUUUGUUGGCAGUAAUGGAGGCCAAACGUUUUCCCUAACUCAUCACAAGCUUUUCACACACUGUUGCUGGUAUUUUUGCCCAUUCCUCCAUGCAGAUCUCCUCUAGAGCAGUGAUGUUUUGGGGCUGUCGUUGGGCAACACGGACUUUCAACUCCGUCCACAGAUUUUCUAUGGGGUUGAGAUGUGGAGACUGGUUAGGCCACUCCAGGACCUUGAAAUACUUCUUACGAAGCCACUCCUUUGUUGCCCUGGCGGUGUGUUUGGGAUCAUUGUCAUGCUGACAGACCAAGCCACGUCUCAUCUUCGAUGCCCUUGCUGAUGGAAGGAGAUUUUCUCUCAAAAUCUUUCGAUACAUGGCCCCAUUCAUUCUUUCCUUUACACAGAUCAGUCGUCCUGGUCCCUUUGCAGAAAAACAACCCCAAAGCAUGAUGUUUCCACCCCGAUGCUUCACAGUGGGUAUGGUGUUCUUCGGAUGCAAUUCAGUAUUCUUUCUUCUCCAAACACGAUAACCUGUGUUUCUACCAAAAAGUUCUAUUGUGGUUUUCAUCUGACCAUAACACAUUCUCCCAGUCCUCUUCUGGACCAUCCAAAUGCUCUCUAGUGAACCGCAGACGGGCCUGGAUGUGUACUUUCUUCAGCAGGGGGACACGUCUGGCAGUGCAGGGUUUUAGUCCCUGGCGGCGCAUUAUGUUACUGGUAGAAGCCUUUGUUACUGUGGUCCCAGCUCUCUGUAGGUCAUUCACUAGGUCCCCCCGUGUGGUUCUGGGGUUUUUGCUCACGGUUCUUGUUAUCAUUUUGACGCCACGGGGUGAGAUCUUGCAUGGAGCCCCAGAUCGAGGGAGAUUAUCAGUGGUCUUGUACGUCUUCCAUUUUCUAAUAAUUGCUCCCACAGUUGAUUUCUUUACACCAAGCGUUUUACUUGGCCUGGUGCAGGUCUACAAUUUUGUCUCUGGUGUCCUUUGACAGCUCUUUGGUCUUGGCCAUAGUGGAGUUUGGAGUGUGACUGACUGAGAUUGUGGACAGGUGUCUUUGAAACCGAUAAUGAGUUAAAACAGGUGCCAUUAAUACAGGUAACGGUGGAGCCUCGUUAGACCUCGUUAGAAGAAGUUAGACCUCUUUGACAGCCAGAAAUCUUGCUUGUUUGUAGGUGACCAAAUAUUCAUUUUCUACUCUAAUUUGGAAAUAAAUUCUUUAAAAAUCAAACAAUGUGAUUUUCUGUUUUUUUUUCCACAUUCUGUCUCUCAUGGUUGAGGUUUACCCAUGUUGACAAUUACAGGCAUCUCUAAUCUUUUCAAGUAUGAGAACUUGCACAAUUGGUGGUUGACUAAAUACUUAUUUGUACUGUACUUAUGUACCAAUGUGCUAAUAUGUUUUGAAAAAUAAAAAUGCUGUUCAAUUUUAUUUAUGUAUUUAUUAUUUAUUUUUAUUUGCCCCACUGUACAUGUCAAAACUAUGAGCAACAGCAGUCUUCGUUGAAAAAAAAUGUCAGGAAAAAAAACUGCUGCAACAACUGAAAUAAAUAUGGGGUUGUUUAGAUGCACUUUAAUUGGUAUGUUCAUAAUUUUUGGAAGUAUAUUUUGAUUAUUCAAUUGAAGUCUGUAUAUUAUUAACUAGAUGGCCGUCAUUGAUGGCUAUAGAAAUCCAAUCCAUUUGAACUGGGUGAGCUAGCAAAUAAAUGAAUAUGCCAACCCUCCCAGUUCAAAUGGAUUGGACGUCUGCUAGUGAUUUGAAGAGUUUUGAUUUAAAUUUGUAGAGCAACAUGAAUUGACGUCUAUCAUUGCCAGUGGCACUGAAAGAAAACGUUUUGGACACCCCUGAUUAGAAGGUUACAAUAUAGGGAUGGGUAUGAUAAUGCAGUUAUUGAUCAUUCAAAAUCCUGCUGAUUGUGCGCUAUUGAUUGUUGAUAUGUUUUAGCUGUCUUAAAGUUGGUCUUCAGCCAAGUUGCGGUAAUUUAAAAGUUCCAUUUAAUUAGACAUUGAUCAAUCCAUUGUUCAAUGAUUUCCCCCAUAUUAGUGACCGAGGAACUUUACGUGAAUGCCCAUCCCUUGUUGUGUUUGUGUUAAAAGUCAGAUAACGGGUGGAGAUUAGUUCGGAGGAACACAAUCAUAAUGCCUUAACGUGAACUUCAGAGUCACGUGAUUGUGUGUCUGAGAUAGAUAGACCUGGGUAAAUGAUAAAGAGAGGCUUUUAUUUCUUCCUCUCUUGGCCUAAGAGCAUGAAGAGAGCAUGACACACCCCCCGCUACUCCCCCGUGUCAAACAUUAUGAAUGUGAAGGGAGGUGAGGAUGAACACUGCAAAUUAGAUCAGGAAAUUACUUCUGAUGCACUUUUCUCCCCACUUCGCAUUUUAAGCAUUGUGACAUAAAUGCCUUGAAAGGAUAGAAGUAAAGAAAGGAAAAUGAACAUGUCUUGUAUGUACAUAAUCUUUUCAGACUGAAAUCUGCUGGUCUCUUCACUCCUCUUGUAUUUAUACUGUAUCUAAAAGCGGGGGAAACGCCUGAAAAGGGUGAACAAAAUUACGAAUAUCACUAUUAAAAAAAAAAAAAAAGGCACAUCCUUUUUGGAUUAAGUGAAAUGGUUUGGGAUUUUGGUUUGAAGACAUUUUUGUAAGUACAUAUCUGUGCGUGUUUCCAUGUAACCGUUGUUGGGGUGGAAAUAAAGUGUGUCUGUUUUCUUUCG